AUGUGUGCGAUGAGGGUUAACCCAAAUGUCAUAAGACAUGCAGAGAGUCAAGUGGAAUAUUUUAAAGACAGAGUUUUGCCUAUAAGAAAAUUAAACAGAAGCUACGACAGAAGAAACCGAUCAUUUGGAGACCUUAUCGACAAGUUGAGCAGUGCAUCACGCCGGAAGUUUGAUUUCGAGCAAACACGUCUCCAAGAGAACAUCAAAACUAUCAAGUAUUCAAGGAAGCAUAAUUCCAUCUUCAAAAAGCUGCACACACCAGAUGCACUUAAAAUUGCAAACAGGGACGCUUAUCAAGAAUUGGAAAAGGUGGAUCCCAAGGGGACUCUAUGGAAAGCUGAGAGUUUUGAAAAUAUCUAUGGAUAUAAAAGGCCAAUCGGACGUUCCCCGGAAGCUUAUCAGCUGUUAUCGAAAAUCGAGAAAGAGUCUUCCCCCGAUCAAAUUCUAGCAAAAAGGAUCCAAGAAGAAAAAGAGCGCCAAGAACAAGUUACAAGAGAAACAUUGAAUAGGGAUGCUUCAUUUCUCCGUCGCGAGGUUGCCGACUUUUCAAGAAUGAACAUGAGUUGCAAAAGUGCAAAAAGACGAAAGUUGCGGGCGGUAAAAAGAAAUGAACAGAUGCCUACGUUCUUCAAUGAUUUUCCGAGGUCAGAAACACAGCGCGAAAUAAAAGUCACUUUUAAAAGACGUGAUAAUUUACGGUAG